CCGCAACUCCGGCUCUGCAUCCUCGUCCUACUAAGUGCUUCGCAAUCGAAGUUUGCACGGAUGGCAGCCCUAGCGCCGGAGCAGGCGCCUGAGGUGGCGUCCUCCCCGAACAAGCGACGGCGCAUCGCUCUGGCGUGCAGCGCAUGUCGUACGCGCAAGUCGAGGUGCGAUGGAGAGCGCCCCUCGUGCUCGUCCUGCUUGGGACUUGGCCUCGCCUGCCAGUAUGAUCCCACCGAGUCGGCGACGAACGUGGUCGUGCGCAGGGACGCGCUGUCCGCCCUGGAGCAACGCAUGGCGGCUAACGAGCGUACGGUGCAACGCCUUGAUCGCCUACUCAACGGUCAUCUUACGGCUGUUGGAUGUACCCACGCAGGCCCUGCUGAAGAGACCCAUAGCGCCGAUGUUUUAGAUGAGCAAGACGAAGAUGCCACAACGAAUGGCACAGCCAUGACCUUUAUCGAAGAGCGCACAUCGGCUUUUUUCGGGAGGUCAUCCAACGUAAACUUCGUACGUCUCCUGCUCGGUGCUACCGCUGCUGCUCGGAAACAGCACUCGCCACAGACUGCUGUUGAAAGAGAAGGUACUGUGUUGGAGAGUAGCAUCAUGCGAUCCUCUCACUCAGCACAUGCACCCUCUCCAGUAACACUCUCGACCGCCUCCAUGACUUCUCUUCCCUCAUACGCAGAGAUGGAAAGUCUGCUGGAUGUUUACUUCGAUACAUGUGGAGUCGUGUUUCCAUUCAUCCACGAAGAGACAAUGAGAACUACAUACAACGAGUGCAAAGCCAAUGGUUUCACCAGAGUUCGCAGGACCUGGCUCGGUGCGCUCAACAUGAUGUUCGCUAUAGCCAGCAAGUUCGAUCAGGAUGGAGACGAUAGUACAUCAUCGACUGUCCGCGAAACCAGAUCCGACGUCUUUUACCAAAGGGCCACAAGCCUGUGCGGGGAACUAUCAAAACAGGUCAUUAGCCUCGAAAUCGUUCAUCACUUGAUCUUAGUAGUUAUCUUCUGUCAAGGUACCAGGAGGUCCAUACAAGCUUGGAAUGUCCAUGGCCUUCUCGUGCGAUCAGCAGUUGCCCUGGGACUGCAUAGCAGCAGAAAGCAGGGAGUCGACCCAAGCGCAGAAGAGUCCAGGCGUCGCACUUGGCUGGUCAUAUACGGCUUGGACAAGGUCUUGAGUAUGGUUUUUGGCAGACCAGCCGCAAUCCUUGAUGAGCUGCCAGAUUCCGCGAACGACAGUGCCGAUCUACCUGGUCAAUUCCUUGCUGUUUCAUCUCGACUGUAUCAGAUUAUGAGUAGCUCGUUGACGAAGCAAUAUGGAGCUAACGUGGAGAUGGACGAGUCUGGUCUAGAUGACCUGGCUUUACUCAAAGCUUCUGAAGAUUUUCGAAGGCUCCUUCGACAGUGGACACUCGAUCUGCCAUCUCAUCUAUGCCUUUGCGAACCACAGUCGGAGAUACUUUCUCAAAGCACACAACUGAACCGAUUACGUGUAAUCUUGACGCUCAGAUAUCACAACCUCUGUAUCCUCAUCGAGAGGCCGCUGUUCAGUGCCACGAUACGCCACUUGUUCCUUACAGAUAUUGACCUUGGCGGGCUAACGGCGUACCUGGUAUCAUUGUCUAUGCAUGAGGCCCUUAAAUGUGUACAUGCAGCGGAAAGCACUAUUGAGAUAGUGUAUUAUGUGAUGAUUGGCGAUGCAUCAAGUAGAAACAACCUCGGUGUGUGGUUUUUUACUCUAUAUUACGUCUUCACUGCAUCGCUGAUAAUAAGCGCCCGCUUACUGUGGGCGAAGCAUGGCCGGGAUGAUGUGAAUAGCAGUUUCAUCUCUCGAUCUGAAUCGCUACUUGUCAAAGCUGAGCAUAUAUUCCAGAAGCUCAACAAGCACAGUCCUCUGGUCCUUAGCUGCUCAAAGUAUAUCCGCCACUUAUUGGAGUUGUACUCGCAAGCCACAUCCACGCAAGGCACCCACCAAGAUACCUCCCCAUUGCCUACCGGAUCACAGACUAGCAAUCUCACGUCUGUCCCUAGCCCAGUGGAGCUGCUUCAACUCGAUGCAGAGGACCUAGAGGCAUUUGGCAUUCUGAGCUCGGAAUUGUUCGACGUAUCUAUGUUUGACAGCUUUGGGCUGACGGUACCCGGUGCACUACCUGAGCAUACUGAAUAGUAAGGAGUGACAUCAGGGAAGUGAUGGAGUCGCGGCUUCAAACAUGAUCUAUGAUACUCAUGGCUGUAGUGUUCACUUCCAGUUGGUAUUUUAGCAGUA